UAAGAUAGAAGUGCUAAUGAAUGGAAGAAAACACUUUGUUGAAAAAAGGUACAGCGAAUUUCAUGCCUUGCAUAAAAAGCUUAAGAAAUGUAUAAAAACUCCAGAGAUCCCUUCUAAACACGUGAGGAACUGGGUACCAAAAGUCUUGGAGCAACGAAGACAAGGUUUGGAGACAUAUUUACAGGCUGUCAUCUUAGAAAAUGAAGAACUCCCCAAACUGUUUCUUGAUUUCCUAAACGUGAGACACUUGCCCUCCCUCCCAAAGGCAGAGAGUUGUGGAUCUUUUGAUGAGACUGAAUCUGAAGAGUCAAGCAAACUGUCCCACCAGCCGGUGCUGCUGUUCCUCAGGGACCCAUACAUCUUGCCUGCAGCCAGCGAUUUUCCAAAUGUGGUCAUGGAAGGCGUUCUCCACGGGAUAUUUUACCCUCACCUACAGCCCAGGUAGAAAUCCUACACGACUAGAAGGAGCUGACGUGAGUCUCGAAGUCAUAGGCAAGGAAAUCAAUAUCUACCAAAUUAACCUAAACUCGAUGACAUAACAGCUCUAGCUAGCAGUAAAAUCCGCAGUCUCUGCUUCCUUAGGGCAGGGACAUUUCCAUUAGAAUGGUGCUUUUAAAAAUAGAAACUGAACCCUGGCAGUGGUGAGGUUAGGCCAAGUGUUUAAGGAAUAGGAUGUAGCUGCCAAUUUAGAGACGCUAGGGAAGGAGGCGAGCAGAGAAGAUCCCUGGGAGUGUCAUCGCAACAAAACAGCUACUUUCCACUUUUCCUGCAUCAUCUGCUAAUUGAAAAUCCUAUCCUGAAUCAGACUGAGACUGAUCAACGUGGUAGGUUUUUUGGUUCGGAUUUUAUAACACUAAUCUUUUCAUCAUGAGAUUUUCUCACCCAGUGACUUAUGUUCUGGCGUGCUGGCACCAGGAGAGUACCACAUAAACACUGUGCUAAUUGUGAGGAAGAAACUGAACCGAAAAUUAAGUUAUACUGACAAUGUUAUGGCAAAUUUUUUUGAUGUAGUGUGGCAUUUUAGUAUACAUGACAGUGGAGUUGUAGCGUACCCUGGAUGAGUUUCUAAUGGAAGUUCAGAAGCUAAAAUGGGACAUUAAUCUUUGAAAGCCCUUUAGAAAGACACUAUCUUGGCAAUCUGGAACAAGUGGCCCAUCAGUGGAAGAAAUGACAGUUUCUUCGCUUGAAAACCAGCUGAAGAUGUUGAUAACUGUUUGGGAGCCAUUAUGUAUUUUUUCUUUUCAAAAAAUACGCCUAAACACGAGAAUCACACGUCCCCCUACAAGAAGUUGCCCUCAAAGAGGCAGCUAGCUGUCAAUGGACAGUGACCAUUGGAAACCAGGUGGACAGCACUUGUCUUCGUUUAUUAAUGAGCAUUUAAUCAGCGAGUAGCUGGCAUCAUCACGGGAUCUGCUGCUAUUUCCUUUUUUGUUUCCGUCACCUCCUAUACUGAAUCGGUGUAAGUUAAAUACGUUUGUGAUAUAACUCCACCAAAGUCACACAGUCGUAUUCUAGAUCGUAAAAGAUUAAAGCAUACAUGUGUGAGUUGUAUGUAUGUGUUGUAUUUGGGCAUUUCACUCAAAACCAAUGAAUAGCCUUCUUAGGCUUAUUCGUUGUAAUAAUCUUCUGUAAGGGGAAAAAAUAUUUAGAAUAAAAACUAGCAACUACAUCGUGGAUUUGAUUAGCAUCUAAGCCUACAGGCCUAAAGUCUGCUGCAAACUUUAAGAGAUCCGUUUAUGGAUACAGCUGUUUCAGACAAGCAAGAACUAAAUAAUCCAGUGUCAUCAACCAAAAAUAACUGAAUAGUCAAGCGUUGGAGAUAUUUUUUAAAUGUUUUUGUUAUUAGUUAUUUUGCAUUAAAU